GGAGGGGAGUGGUGUCGGAGGAGGGGGGGCCACCCGGGCAGCGGCUGAGCUCUGUGGCUUCAGGGCUUGGAAGGAGAGAGGGAGGGUGGCGAAGACAGUGAGUCGGUGCCGCCGCCCGCCCGAGGAGAGAGGAGGGGUCCCGCCCGCCCUGCGCCCGCCGCGGGCCGAGAGCGCGGAGCAGCCGCGAACCUCCCAGGCCUCCCGGCCCCCGGGGACCCCGCCCCGCGGCCCGCCGGCCCGCGGCCUCUCCUCCCUUUGUGAGCGCCCCCUUCCCAGGGGCGGUGGGGGCGGCGGAGGGGUGCGCGUGGGCCCGCCCGCCGAGGGGCCGCGGCGGGGGACCGCCAGGGCCUCGGCUGGGAGCUCCGGAGGCGGCCGAGGCCCGGGCCGGUUCCCCCGAGGCGGCGGCGGCGGCGGCUCCCGGCACUUCCCCCGCGCCAUCUUAACUGAGCCCGAGCGUUAAGGGCGCCUCCUCGACCCCGGUCGUCCCCUCGUCCCCCCCCCCCCCCGGCCCCUGGUCGCAGCGCUCGGGCUGGGCGGCUGGGGGGGGGGGGCGGCGGUCUGUCGCCGGGCCCCCUCCUCCUCACUCCCCGCUCUCCGGCGCCGCGGCCAGCGGAGCGCUCCAGGGGUCUGCGCCUGUCCGCUCCGCCCCAGACCUGCCGGCGAAGGGCCCAUGCUGGCAUAACUGAAGAUGACUUUAAACUCCAACCUUCCAAGUGCUAGAAUUACAGGUUUCUGAACUUGUUCAUGGCUGGAGUUUUAAAAAACAUAUUCAAGAUUUCCUGUCAUAAAAUUUGAUGCCAGCGUGGCCUCACUCAUGCAGAUGAGCCAAGCCUUGGGAUAGCAGUACAAAAUUAGACUCAGAUAGCCGACUGCCCAGCAGGAUGCCAUCUACUAACAGGGCAGGCAGCCUAAAGGACCCUGAAAUUGCAGAGCUCUUCUUCAAAGAAGACCCGGAGAAGCUCUUCACAGACCUCAGAGAAAUCGGCCAUGGCAGCUUUGGAGCAGUAUAUUUUGCACGAGAUGUACGCACUAAUGAAGUGGUGGCCAUCAAGAAAAUGUCUUAUAGUGGAAAGCAGUCUACUGAGAAAUGGCAGGAUAUUAUUAAGGAAGUCAAGUUUCUACAAAGAAUAAAACAUCCCAACAGUAUAGAAUAUAAAGGCUGCUAUUUACGUGAACAUACAGCAUGGCUUGUAAUGGAAUAUUGUUUGGGAUCUGCUUCAGAUUUACUAGAAGUUCAUAAAAAGCCAUUACAAGAAGUGGAAAUAGCAGCAAUUACACAUGGUGCUCUCCAGGGAUUAGCUUAUUUACAUUCUCACACCAUGAUCCAUAGAGAUAUCAAAGCAGGAAAUAUCCUUCUGACAGAACCAGGCCAGGUGAAACUUGCUGACUUUGGAUCUGCUUCCAUGGCUUCCCCUGCCAAUUCUUUUGUGGGAACACCAUAUUGGAUGGCCCCAGAAGUAAUUUUAGCCAUGGAUGAAGGACAGUAUGAUGGCAAAGUUGAUGUAUGGUCUCUUGGAAUAACAUGUAUUGAAUUAGCGGAGAGGAAGCCUCCUUUAUUUAAUAUGAACGCAAUGAGUGCCUUAUAUCACAUAGCCCAAAAUGAAUCCCCUACACUACAGUCAAAUGAAUGGUCUGAUUAUUUUCGAAACUUUGUAGAUUCUUGCCUCCAGAAAAUCCCUCAAGAUCGCCCUACAUCAGAGGAACUUUUAAAGCACAUGUUUGUUCUUCGCGAGCGCCCAGAAACAGUGUUAAUAGAUCUUAUUCAAAGGACAAAGGAUGCAGUGAGAGAGCUGGACAAUCUGCAGUAUCGAAAGAUGAAGAAGCUCCUUUUCCAGGAGGCACAUAAUGGACCAGCAGUAGAAGCACAGGAAGAAGAGGAGGAGCAAGACCACGGUGUUGGCCGGACAGGAACAGUGAAUAGUGUUGGCAGUAAUCAGUCUAUUCCCAGUAUGUCUAUCAGUGCCAGCAGCCAAAGCAGCAGUGUUAACAGUCUUCCAGACGCCUCAGAUGACAAGAGUGAGCUAGACAUGAUGGAGGGAGACCAUACAGUGAUGUCUAACAGCUCUGUCAUCCACUUAAAACCCGAGGAGGAAAAUUACAGAGAAGAGGGAGAUCCUAGAACACGCGCAUCAGAUCCGCAGUCUCCACCUCAGGUGUCUCGCCACAAGUCACAUUAUCGUAAUAGAGAGCACUUUGCAACUAUCCGAACAGCAUCACUGGUUACAAGGCAGAUGCAAGAGCAUGAGCAGGACUCUGAACUUAGAGAACAGAUGUCUGGUUAUAAACGGAUGAGGCGACAGCAUCAGAAGCAGCUGAUGACUCUGGAAAAUAAACUAAAGGCAGAGAUGGAUGAACACCGUCUCAGAUUAGAUAAAGAUCUUGAAACUCAGCGUAACAAUUUUGCUGCAGAAAUGGAGAAACUUAUCAAGAAACACCAAGCUGCUAUGGAGAAAGAGGCUAAAGUAAUGGCCAAUGAGGAGAAAAAAUUUCAGCAACACAUUCAGGCUCAACAGAAGAAAGAACUGAACAGCUUCUUGGAGUCCCAAAAAAGAGAAUAUAAACUUCGAAAAGAGCAGCUUAAGGAGGAGCUGAAUGAAAACCAGAGCACACCUAAAAAAGAAAAGCAGGAAUGGCUUUCAAAGCAGAAAGAGAAUAUACAACAUUUUCAGGCAGAAGAAGAAGCUAAUCUUCUUCGACGUCAAAGGCAGUAUCUAGAGCUAGAAUGUCGUCGCUUCAAGAGAAGAAUGUUACUUGGACGACAUAACUUGGAACAGGACCUUGUCAGGGAGGAGCUAAACAAAAGACAGACUCAGAAGGACUUGGAGCAUGCUAUGCUACUGCGACAGCAUGAGUCUAUGCAAGAACUGGAGUUUCGCCACCUCAACACUAUUCAGAAGAUGCGCUGUGAGCUCAUCAGACUGCAGCACCAGACUGAGCUCACUAACCAGCUGGAAUACAAUAAGAGAAGAGAACGAGAAUUAAGGCGAAAACAUGUCAUGGAAGUUCGACAACAACCCAAGAGUCUGAAGUCUAAAGAACUCCAAAUAAAAAAGCAGUUUCAGGAUACCUGCAAAAUUCAGACCAGACAGUACAAAGCAUUAAGGAACCACCUUCUGGAGACUACACCAAAGAGUGAGCACAAAGCUGUUCUGAAAAGACUCAAGGAGGAACAGACUCGGAAGUUAGCCAUCUUGGCUGAGCAGUAUGAUCAUAGCAUUAAUGAAAUGCUCUCCACACAAGCUCUGCGUUUGGAUGAAGCACAGGAAGCAGAAUGCCAGGUUUUGAAGAUGCAGCUGCAGCAGGAACUGGAGCUGUUGAAUGCAUACCAGAGCAAAAUCAAGAUGCAGGCUGAGGCCCAACAUGAUCGAGAGCUUCGAGAACUAGAGCAGAGGGUCUCCCUUCGAAGGGCGCUCUUAGAACAAAAGAUUGAAGAAGAGAUGUUGGCUUUGCAGAAUGAACGCACAGAACGAAUACGUAGCCUGCUUGAGCGUCAAGCCAGAGAAAUUGAAGCUUUUGACUCUGAAAGCAUGAGACUAGGUUUUAGUAACAUGGUCCUUUCUAAUCUCUCCCCUGAGGCGUUCAGCCACAGCUACCCCGGAGCUUCUAGUUGGUCUCACAAUCCUACUGGGGGUCCAGGACCUCACUGGGGUCAUCCCAUGGGUGGCACACCACAAGCUUGGGGCCAUCCGAUACAGGGUGGACCCCAGCCAUGGGGUCAUCCCUCAGGGCCAAUGCAAGGGGUACCUCGAGGUAGCAGUAUGGGAGUCCGCAAUAGCCCCCAGGCUCUGAGGCGGACAGCUUCUGGGGGACGGACGGAACAGGGCAUGAGCAGAAGCACGAGUGUCACUUCACAAAUAUCCAAUGGGUCACACAUGUCUUACACAUAAUAAUUGAAAGUGGCAAUUCCGCUGGAGCUGUCUGCCAAAAGAAACUGCCUACAGACAUCAGCAUAGCAGCCUCCUCACUUGGGUACUACCUUGUGGAAGCUGUGCAUAUGGUAUAUUUUAUUUGUCUUUGUAAAGCGUUAUGUUUUGUGUUUACUAAUUGGGAUGUCAUAGUAUUUGGCUGCCGGGUUUUUGUGGUUGGCUUUUUGUUUCUUUGUUUUUAACUUUUGGAAAAUUUUUAAGGUGGGGAUAGAUAAUAUUUUAUGUGUGUGACAAAAAAAUAAUUGGCUUAAUAGAAGGGGUACUAUCUGAACAAUAUAAAAAUAAAAUGAAACAAACUAACCUGAAUUAUCACUUUAGGGUGUCCAUAGCCUAAGAAACUUGUUGGAAGAUCUAAAGCCUUCCUUCAUAUUCCAAAUUCUCUGAGUCACUGACAGCAGGCAGCAUCCAUGCUGAAACACGCUCUUACUGAAACAGUCCUCCACUCCUUUGCUUUAUUUAUGACAUUGAUCUGACUUUUCAGCCUCGUUUGGACUAAAAAGCAGAAGACCACAAACAUUGAAAGAUUUUAUUUACCUUUUCAGGUAGUAGAAAAUCAUUUAGUUCUUUGCUAAGUGCUUCAGAAAUUUGUCACUGAUUCUGUAGGUUGUAUAAUGUAAGGUUGAGUUGCUUAAGGAGGUUACAAGCUGUGUGGGUUUGCACUAAUAAGCCUGUGAGCUUUCCGAGGGAAAAAACAGAGGGCUAGGGGUCCCCUAAUAGUUCCUGUGAGCGGAAUGUUUAGCACGGAGUGAGGAGAUAAAGCCGAAAUAUCCUGACAUUGUGUUUCUUGUACAAUGAUAUCUUAUCCUACCCAAAUAAGACCCCAACAGUACCUUGCUUUGUUUGUACAAAACAAAGACGCAUAGCCAACAACAAAGCAAAUGCCAGAGGUAUUGACUGAUGCCAUAUUUGUGAACUGCCAUUUAUUAAAAUACUCAUGACACUACAUAAUUUUAUGAUCCCCUUUUUGGCUUACUGAAUUUCCUGUUUACAAGUAGCAAUAGUCAAUUAUUUAAAUAUUUAGUUGCCACUAGGAGUCACUGAGCCAAUGACUACCAGCUGCUGACUAAUCUUCACACUGUAGUUGUUGCUUCAUUUGCAGGUCCUCUGUUUAAUUGCUGUUUUUGUUGCAGCAGUACCUACAAACUUAAUUCAUUGAGACUUAGUGACCAUCUGGGUCUGUGUUAAUAUCACACCUUUCAGAAUUCUCUAGCCUCAUUGCUAAAAUACUACUGAGAAAGAAACUAGGUAGUUAGGUGAGUGAAAGAAAACAAAAACAAAAAUUAAAAAUAUUAUGUGGUGGUCAGGGACCACUAACAUUUGGGGAGUAUGUUUUGUCUGUUCUUACAUGAAGGAUCAAUCCAGUGUUGUACAUCAAUGUCAGAUACUAUCUCAUUGCUUGUGUGGAGCUUGAGUUGGAGGUAGGCAAGGGGCAGUGCCUUCUUUUAGUAGCAGAGCAGAGUUUCUUUUAAGGUAAUUGUCCUCCCUUUUCAGUUGUCUUGAAGAGCUCUUGCUGCUAACUAUGGGUCCUGCUUUUCAUGCAGGUAGAGGGCAAGAAUUCUCUUAAUCAUACUUAGAACAAACCAGUGACCAAAUUGUCAUCUGCUACUAUUAAAAAUUCUUGGUUUCCUUAACCACAUUUUAGGUAUUGUCCAAGUAGGUCAUUCCAGUCUUCAUGAUUUACCCAUUAAGGAGUUUCUGACAUUGGUUUGGGGGUUUCUGACACUAAUUUAAAAAAAUAAAAAUAAAAAGAUCAGGGUGUGGUAGCACAUGCCUAUAAUCCCAGCCCUCGGGAGGCAGGGUUAGGAGUCUCAGGUUCAAGGCUGCCUUCAGUUGUCUCAAAAAGGAAGAACAAAAGAAAGGUAGAUGCUAUAGUAUAGAUCCUUUGAAAAACCUAGAGAAGGUUAAUAGCAGGGUUCACACACACUUCUAGGCAGGGUUUUAAACAUGUUCCACAUCAGUUUUAAAGUAUACAUAUACUUGUUAUAGCUAAUGAAAAGGGCUUUUUAGUUUUCAGUCUUUUUUUUUUUUUUUGCAUUCAAAGUACUAUUAAAGAGUUUCAAACAAAUUGAGAGUUCUAUAUAUUUGGAGGAAAUAAGAGAAAGCUUUAGAAUUUAAUAGGCUACUCAAAAUUAAAGGAAUAUCAUCUUUAAAGUUCAUUCUUCAUGUAUUUGGCACCUGUCACUAAUGAAGGGUUGGAAUGGGAAAGCAGCUCAGAUGUGUGUAAAUCUUUCUUCAGACUCCAGAACGCUACCAGAGACACAAUUUCACCACCCACAUGUGAGCCUCCCUGGUCAGAUUGAGUGACUGAGUCCAUUUUGAUCAUAGUGUACUCACAGUAGUGUGAUUGGAUACUCUCUGUCCUGUCCAGUGGGGAUUUCUGCCUUAUCACAUCGUGUGGCACUCCAUGCGGGUCAUUACGCCUGGAUUGUACCAUCAGUUUAGUUAAUACAGUUAGUUCUCAAAAUGAUUAAAAUCCAUAGGUUUGUAUUUGUAAACUAUAACUUCAAAGGAGUUUAUGUACAUGGCAGGAAUGGUCACAGUAAAGACUGGUAGCAGGAAGAUUUGAAAGGGUUUAAAGUGCCCUGAAGAUAGGGCAAGUACUUUCUGGAAAAAAAAAAAAUGUAAAUGUCAAUAUUUGACCAAAUUAACACUACCUCCUCCCAGUUAUUGAUAUCACUCGUUCUAUGUGUGUUUAAGAAAGUAGGAAGCGUGAAGAACUUGUGUAGCACACCAGAAGUUGUGGGUCUUUUUCUGGUAUCCAGAGCCUAACAGGGAAACAUUUCUUGUUCUCCCUUUUUUUGGGUCAGCAUUUUAAAAAUGCAAAGCCUCAUAUCUUGAGACAUAGAUUCCUCAUCCUUUGCACAUAACUUUUCUCUUUUAAACUUAGCUCUAACCCUAAAUUUUGACAUCAGAAAGUGUUUGCACUGUAUAAACAAUGUUAGCUGAAAGCGUGUUUAUUUUUAUUAAAGCUUCCGCUUUUCUGCACAUUUCCAUAGUCCUAAAUUGGAAGUCACACCCAUAGAUGAAACAGUCUCAAGUCAAGGCCUUGCUAAUAAAUGGAGCUUUGUACAUAGUCAUGAUUUUUUGGCUACUUGGAUAUCAAGUAAAUAACACUCAGAACACUAAAGAAACUCUCCUGGAGAUUCCAUCCUGCCACUAACAAGUUUUGUUCUGUACAUUUUUUUUUUUUUUUCAAAAAUUGAAAACUUUUUUUCAGAUCCUAAAGCAGAAUUUAGUAAUUUUGUGCUUCUGUAAAUGUCUAGCAUUUUAAACUUACAUAGAUUACAUUGUUUUGGACACUGGAAUAAUACGAUUUAUUUUCACCUGUAAAAAUAACUUCAUUGUACUUGAACACCUUUGCAUUUCUCCAUUUGUGCCAUUUACAAGUGGAAAUAAAUUGUAUUAUACCAUGAUCUACUGGUGUUUUAAAACUGUUACAUAUGCACAUUUUGGGUAUAGCUAUUUUCAUUUGUAUAUAUUUAUUGUAUAUACAUAUGAGUGUCUAUAUGUAUGUAUAGAUGGAUGGAUAUAACUCAUUCUAUACAUGUCUGCCAGGGCUUAAGUUUGUUUUGUUUUUUGUUUUUGUUUUUUUUUACUCUGUUAAGGCAAGACUGUAUGUGUUUUUAAAGAGUACGCUGGGUUGAUAUUUAUGAGAAGAUGAUGAGUAGAUGCAGUCUUUUCCUUUUAAUUUCCUUAGCACUUGUACGAGUGAGGAGAGAGUUAAGUAAAAUAUGAAACCAUAAAUCACAAUGCAGUAAAAUUGUGCUAGGGAAGGAGCCAGUUACUGUUAUUUUGAGUUUUACAAUGCAAUAAAAGAUACAACCUGCAGAGAAAAGUGGGCUCUGCGACAAACACUGGUGGUCAUUGUUUUGCAAAGGGAAAGAGCGCCAAUGAGUCACAGCCUUUUUGGAUUUUGUAGUCAUGAUGCUAUGAUCCUCAUUCUCUUUUUACUCUCAUAGUAGUAGUUACAUACUUUGCUGAGGAUCAAAACUGUCAGGAAUUACUCCUAAAGCAUAGCUAAGGUUCUCCUAAACUGUAAAAUCAGGAGAUGGUCACUAGGAGAGAAGCAUGAUGCUGGUUUGAAGGGUUGUCUCCUUUAACUUCCUCUUCUUGCUAAUAAAAAGUUCAUGCACCUUCCACCCCUCCUGAGCCACUGCUCUCCAAGCCGGGGUUUGCUCUAACACAACACCCCUUUGCUAGGUUUGUUUGUUUCUUUCUAUUUUUUUUUUUUUUUUUUUUUUUUUUUUUUUGAGACAGGGUCUUGCUGUGUAACCCUUUCUGGUCUGAUAAUUGAUGUUUUAGUCAAGGCUGGCCCCAAAUUCCUAGUAAUCUUUCUGUCUCAGCCUCCCAAGUACUGAGAUGGCAGGCAUGAGCCACCAUGCUUAGCCACAGCAACCCAUUCUUUUGAAGGUUUCAUAGUUCUGCAUUUCUCUCAUGUUCAGAAUGUGAAGUGUCUUAUUGUGUAUUGAAGUCAGAAAUAAUAUAUUUAAGGUGUACUAAGUGUGAAUCUCCUAUAAUGAUGAAUGAAAUUCUCACUCUUACAUAAAGCCUUCUCUAAGGAGCGCGGUCAAAAUUUGGGCUGUCAUCUUUGAGCUGCUUAUCAAAAUACAGAUCAUUAUUGAAAUAUAAACAAAUUCUGUUUCAUUUUGUCCCUAAUAACAGAAGUCUCCCUUCCGUGGUUUAGCAGUGCCUUUUAAAAAGGCACUCACCCAAGUUGCUAAGAACUGGAAAUUCCCCACCUCAGAUUCCUUAAAGGAUAGAGAGUGCUGUACACGCAGCAUCAUACGUGCCUCUUGUAUGCAAGGACUACUGACGGAAGUCUGCUUUGCUGUGUCUGGUUAUGUUGUCUGCACUUUUAUGAAAUCACUGCAGUAGAUCUACGUUGGAAGUAACUUAAUUUGUAAAAUUUUUAUUAAACACUGUAGAAAAAGUGAAGCUGAAAAUUCUGUGCAUUUAUAUUUUCUACUGAAUUCUAGUAGCCCACUUUUAAAGUUAUAUUGACUUAUUUUUUUCCUCUUUGAUUAUACUCAGAUUUCCAAAGUUUUAUUCAAACAAGUGCUGGCCUUCAGAUCAUAAAUAUAAGUAUGCUCCAUUUCUGCCUGUUGCAGGCUUCUGAAACUUGCACUGCCCAUUCAUCAAAAAAUAAGUAUCUUAAUGAAUAGAAGCAAGGAACAAAAACUGGGGAGCCAUGUACUAUGUUACCAUAUGUUAACUGUUACCAGAAAUCCAAACUGAAGUGUGUGUGUGUAUGUGUGUGUAUGUGUAUGUAUGUAUGUGUAUAUGUAUGCGCACGCGCCCGUGCUUGUGUGAGCUUGCGUGCGUGCUGGGGAUUUUGUUUUGCUUUGCUUUGCUUUUAAAUAUACAAGGGGUUUUUCUUUAAGUAGAGAAAAAGGUUAAUCCUCUCCAGCUGGAUGCCCACGGGAUAUAAUAAUCUUAACAUCUGUAGGUAGUUGGAAAUGUGAAGAGAAGAAGGUAAGACCUCUCAAUGAGUGAUAAAGGGUGUCUUGAUGCUCAAGAAUCCCCGCCCCCCAGAGUACGGGUAAUUUAACCUGCACAGUUUCCUUUCGCUCGUAGUUUAACAAUUACGAGUGAAAAAUCAUGUAAUUAUCUGUAAAUAUGUAGCUAACAAAAUGACCUAGUUUCUGUAUUUUUUUGGUUUUGUACUAAAGUUUAUAGGUUUGUGCCAGCUAGAGAGGAGUUGCUGUCAUUGCUAGUUGUGGUUCUAGCAUAUAACCCUGAAACCAUCCUAGGUGACAUUUUUUAGAAUUAAUGCUUAAAUGUUGUUAAACGAAGAAAUGGAGCUUAAUCAUUGGUCAGGUUUGAAAUCUUUUGAAGCUAAGUAAUUUUAUUUACUAUGAUGAUUACAUGUCGUCAGUCAUGAGUGAGGUAUAGGGAGUCUUCCCUCCCCAGUGGCCAUGUUUACAGAGUGUUGUGUCUAAAGUGCAAGUGUGUUAAUGUUUGUGUAAAUUAUGCAGGUGAUAACUUUAUGGUUUGGGACUGUUUAUGGGCUCUUUUAACUGAAUUUUCAAAUGAAAACUAUGCUUAUUGCUGGCACAUUGAUCCCAUUUCUGGAACAUUUUUCCUACUUCCAGAAUUCUAUAUGUUCCUUAGACAUUACCCCCACUUAACCUCCCUUCUUCUGAUAUGCCUUGUAGCUAAGAUAUUAAAGACUGUUGAACAUAGAUGAGGGAAAUGCAUUUCUUAAAAAUCCAUGAACCCUCAAUUGUAUGCUUUCAGUACUGUGUUAUAUGUUUCUAUGGCAACUUUGAAGUCAGUGGUUUAGAAAUGAGAUGCCAAUGUUAAUGAAAAGUAUGUACUCUUUGCUUUUGCAUGGCUUGGCGUAGUAUCCAAGGUAUAUUAGAGCCACUUGAAAGCAUGGAGACCAGUUAUAUGGACACAGGUUUCUCUCAGUGGCGCGUUUUGCUUUUUCUUAGCCCUCAAAUACAUUGCCCCCGGCAUGAACAUUACUGUUAAUAUAAAUUGCACAUGGUCAUCGAGUGAAUUGUGUAAUUUUGAAAAGAUGCAGCUGCCCAUGUUUGCGUUUUGGUUGGUCUCUAUCUCACCUAACAGUGUAGGUCUUGGAGCCCUUUUUUGGGUGAUAGAUAGGUAUAUUGGUCUUUCAAGGCGUUGGCUGCCCCUGGGGUAUUGCCGCACUGGUGUCUUCUGCUGCCCGUUCAUUCCACACGUGCUGUUUUCCUUCCUUGUUCGUCAUAUUCUCAAAAGGAACCAUUACUCCUCCUAACAGUUUUUUUUUUUUUUUUGUCUUUUAUUCCACAAUAAAUGGGAAUUGUGCCUAUUUAGAUUGCCCCUCCAGUUAAGUACACUUGUAAUCCAAGCUAGAGACAAGAUGGAAAAACAUUUUUUUCAAGUCCACUUGGCCAGUAAUUUAUCUAACAAACUUUUACCACAUUAUCUUGACACUUGAUAGAAGAGCCUAUUAGGAGUCACAGUGGUUUCAUAGAGUAAAAUCCACGCGAAGAGGGAUAUGUGGGGUUUCCAUUAGGAAAUAAUUUUAUUCUUAUUUUUUAUGAUUCUUCUCUGCUAGUUUAGAAUGGGUUAAUUCUUUUUCUUUUUGUUUUUUUAGGGAAAUUUUUACAAAGACAAUGGUCUGAUGUAAAUAACAUUUUAAAGUACGGUGCACAUAACUUCCCUAGGCUGUUCCAACCUAUUUGUAAAUGCUUUAGAGUUUUUAAAUUAACACUUGUGUUGCUAAAUCCUAUUUAUGUAAGUCUGAAAAGGUUUUUAACCCAUAUAAAACAUUUAAAUAAUGCAGGUUAUUAUGAGCAAGUUAGCUUUGAGAACCCCUCCUUUUAGUAUAUGAAAAAGCCUAAUGCGUAUUAAUGAGGUUGGAGAGACUAUGAGAAAUAUGUAUAGUGUAUAUUUUAAACAGCUUCGCUUGUAUUGUGAAGAUUUAAGAACAAACUUGAGAUUUUUAAAGUUAACUAUUAACACAGUUUUAACAUAAGUUAUCCCACUGGGUUUAAAAGCAUCUUGAAUGUAUAACCCUUCUGUAACCCAGGCUGGUUUCUGCUUUUACUGAAUCAUCCAAACGUUAUUUAUAUUUUUAGUUUUAUGUACUCGUUUAUUUUUGUUUUCCUCAAACAGCAUGUUUUUUGUUUUUGUUGUUGUUGUUCUUUUUUGGGUUUUCUUGUUGUUUUUUUUUUUUUUUCACAUGUAGAAAUUUUUAAAAAGGAAAUUGAUACAUGAUUUUUCUCUGGAUUUUCUUCACUUUGUCUUUCUACUAACCUCCUAAAGGCCAUGGCAUUCCAUUUGCUUUAUUUGUGCAAAUGCCAGGGUUGGUUUUUAUUUUUAUUUUUGCUAUUUACCUAACAAAAAAAAAAAAAAAAGAAAAGAAAAAAAAAGACAAUGCUUCAGUCAAUUGCUUUUUUAUUUAAAAUUUAAAAAAAAAGAGAAAAAAGAAAAAAAAAGCUGUAACCUUAUCAUUUCUAAGUAGACCAUUGAGAGAGAAAUGCACACCUGUCAGCCCAGGACCAGCUUUGGUGGCUAAAGGGAAUAUUUAAGCAAGAUGUUGUAUACAAAAGGUGGUGUAUGCUACCCACAGUCUAUUUCAGUUAUUCCCGCAAGUCAGGUCCGGAUAAAUGAGGGUUAUCAGCUAACUGAUAUGUUAUCAUUGAGGUUCGUCAAUGAAUUUGUACAUUUCUAGUUCCCUUUGGUGAAGGGAAAAAUGAUUUUGCAAGACCUAGAUUUUGGCUUGGUUUCUUGCCUCGUUUUUUGGCAGCCUUCAUCUUUUCCUAAAGCCCUUGAGCCUGUAGGGUUUUCAUAAUAGACAAAGGACUUAAAUAGUCUUUUAAAACUGGGAUAGAUUUAGGGAGAAGGGCAAGAGAUUACAAUAUUGAACAUAUAGUAUCCUAACGCUUAUAACAGUGGAAAUUUUGAGUAAACCCAGUACUUUCGAUUUCUAGACUAAACAGAUGCCCACAGUGGAGGCUUACCAAGGGUUGCCAUGAGGAGGAAGCCUCUCCCUCACUGUCAGCACCAGCUGGGAAAGGUGGCUGUGCAGAUGUGCAUUUUCCUUUUGGUAGAAAUGGUCCACGACACUAACUGGUAAGGCUUAUUGUACAGUAUAUUGUCAGUAUUCUUCUGGUUCAGCAUACCUUAGAGUUCGUAUAUAACCUGUAUUCAUUGUAUAGAUUGUGCAUUUAAAGCUGUUACCAAGUUGUCAGAACCUUAAGAACGAAAACAGGUCAUAUGUAAUAUUUUGUUUGUAAGUAUCCUUUGUAUCAUAGCAAAGGAAAUGUUUAAAAGAUCAACUGUAAUAAAAGUAAUUUUAGUA